AUGAAACAAAUAUACAGAUUAUGUUUUUCCUGCUUCGAAAAAGCCAAGAAAGAGCAAGAAAAGGAAAUUGAAGUUAUCAAUCCUACAGAAAAGGGCAAUAUAGAUAUAAGUACAAAAAAGUUUAAUGUAAAAAUCGUGAAAGAUGAUGCAAGUAACUCCUCAUCAAAUCACUCGAAUUUGGCUAUAUCAAGCUUGGAAAUCUCUAGUGUUUCAAAACAAACUGGAUCAGAAGGUAAAAGAGCUUCAGAGCUGAUAAAUGCCAAUGCAAUAGCCUUUACACCAGAUGGCUAUAAAAGAAAAAAGUAUGUCAAGCACAACAACCGAAAAUUGAGCGAAGAUUCAAAAUCAGGAAUAAGUUAA